CAGGGUCUGUCACUGUGGGGGUGUCCGUGGGGUCUGGGUGGGGAUGUGUCUCGGGGCUCUGUGUCUCCGUGGACGGUGCGAGCUGCGAGGAUGGCCGAGCACCUGGUGGCAGGUGCUGGCUGUGCGGGGGACACGGCUGGGCAGGGCUGGGCGCCUCGGGGGCGGGGGACCCGUGGAGGGCCCGUGGGAGCGCGGACGCAGCGCGCGGAUGGGGACCCGGGUGAGUGCGGGGCGUCCGCCACGGGUCUCCGGUGCGGCUCCGGGUUCGCACGCUGCAUGUGCUCGCGUGUGCUUUGCUCCUGCAGAAGGUGUGCAUUGUACCCACAGGCUGGGACGGGGAGGCGAGGUGCACCCCUGCCCCCAACCCUGGGGCCCAGCCUCCUUCCCUCGGCCUCAUCCCUUCCAGGUCUCCGCGCGGCCGCUCGGUGGCCGAUGAACCUUCUGUCCCGGGACACCCGAGCCUCCGCUUCCGCUCCCAAGGGAGGAGCCUGGCGGCCGGCUGGGCGAGGCCAGGGCCUGCCUCCAGCCAGACCUGGGGGUGGGAGGACCGGGGCGGGGAAGUCGGACUGUGUGUGGCUUGUUGGUAUCCGUCGUGCGGACGUGGACGCGAUCGGUGGGAGAGCUCUGUGUGUGAGUGUACGUGCGCGCUUGCCCGUGGAGGGAGACGUGUGUCACCAAGGCUGUGUGUGCCCCUCUCUGCUGUGGCUGUGUCUGGGCUGGCUGGCUUGGACAAAGUGUGUUUUUGAGGGGCACGUUCACACCUGUCUGCUCUGUUAAGUGUGUGUUUGGUGUGACCUGCCCUUUUCCCCCACCCGGGCUGUCAGGGAGUAGGCGCGGCCCCACCCCACAGUGGAGAUCCCUCAGUGUUGCCUGCCAAUUCCCUUGUUCAUCUAUAGACUCAGAUACUGCCCACCCGGCUCUGAGGCAUGGAUAGGGUCCAAUAAACCUGGGGUGCUGAUACAGCCCCCGGAGAACCACUCCCCGUGUCUCUGCCUCCCAGGCACAAGCAUCUACACGGCCAGGGAUCACCUUGCUUGACUCAGAAAAACCUGUGAAGUAAGGAGUGUUAUCCCUAGCCUCAUCCCUAGGGAGAUUUCUGAGGCUCCCAAGGUAGUACUUAAGCCAUCUUCAUCUAUGAAUAGUAGUAGUAAUAAUAAUAAUAAUAAUUACAGUAGCAACUAUUUCCUGAUACCUAUCGUGUAACAGGGCCAUACUACCCUAUUUGUGUUUUAAUUUCUUCCCACAAAAAUCCUAUGAGCCUUGUAGUCUGUGAGGCAACUGAGGUGCAGGAAGGUUGAAGACCUUGCCCAGGGCUACCCAGCCGGGAAGGGUCCGGGAAUAUUUGAUGAGUGCCACCCCCAACUGCAUUCUUACCAAGACAGGAUUACGGCCUUUUACUCAAGAUGCGAGCCACUCCUCUGGCAGCUCCUAUGGGUACUCCCUCCAGGAAGAAGCAGUUGAAGUUGGAUGAUGACCUAGACACGGAGUGUCCCGCCCGGAAGCAAGCUCGAAGUGGACCCCAGCCCAGGCUGCCCCCCUGCCCUCUGCCCCUGAGCCCACCCCCUGCUCCAGUCCGUGCCCCUGCUGUGACCACUGCCUCCCGGCUUGGGCCCUAUGUCCUCCUGGAACCCGAGGAGGGCGGCCGGGCCUACCGGGCCCUGCACUGCCCCACAGGCACCGAAUACACCUGCCAGGUGUACCCCGUCUGCGAGAGCCUGAAGGUGCUAGAGCCCUACUCGCGGCUGCCUCCCCACAAGCAUGUGGCACGGCCUGUGGAGGUCCUGGCAGGCCCACACCACCUUUACACCGUUUUCCCGCGGCCCCACGGGGACAUGCACAGCCUGGUGCGCCGCCGCCGCCGCCUGCCCGAGCCCGAGGCCGCCAGGCUCUUUUGCCAGAUGGCCGCCGCCGUGGCGCACUGUCACCAGCACGGUCUGGUCCUGCGAGACCUCAAGCUGCGACGCUUUGUCUUCGCCGACUGUGAGAGGACAAAGCUGGUGCUGGAGAACCUGGAGGACGCCUGCGUGCUGACCGGGCCGGACGACUCCCUGUGGGACAAGCACGCGUGCCCGGCCUAUGUGGGACCCGAGAUCCUCAGCUCGCGGGCAUCCUACUCAGGCAGGGCGGCGGACGUCUGGAGCCUGGGCGUGGCGCUCUUCACCAUGCUGGCCGGACACUACCCCUUCCAGGACUCGGAGCCUGCCCUGCUUUUUGGCAAGAUCCGCAGGGGGACCUACGCCCUGCCCCGGGGCCUCUCCGCCCCAGCCCGCUGCCUGGUCCGCUGCCUGCUCCGCCGGGAGCCCGCUGAGCGUCUCACAGCCUCGGGGAUCCUGCUGCACCCCUGGCUGCGAGAGAACCUGACCCCCUCAGUCCCAUCCCGAGCCCACCUCUGGGAGGCUGACCAGGUGGUCCCCGAAGGGCCAGGGCUGGAGGAAGUUGAGGCAGAGGAGGGAGAAAGGGAAGUGGGCCUAUAUGGCUAGGACUACCCUACCCGACUCUCAGCUGUGAACUGUGGAUUGAGUUUGGGGCGUCCCCAAGCUCUCUCCUGCCUCUUUGAACUGAGAUGAACCCUAAGUGCCUUGUAGGAGGGAGAAAAGAGGAGGCAUGUUGAAGUGUGCUGCAGGCACGCCUGUGUGGUCCACACACCUGUUGGGAGCUCACUGUGUGCCUUGUUCCAGGUGCUGAGAACACAGCUGUGAACAAGAGACAAAACUCCGGCUCACAGGGCUGUCAGUCCUUCUCCAUCCCCACAGGCCAGUGUCUGCACUGGGCUGGGUACAACCAGUGCAGGUGACGGCGUCCACUCGUGCUGGCCGCCCCCCCCCCCCACACUGCUGUCACGGACAGUCCCUUUCACGACCCACCCAGCUGCCUUUGUAUGUUGCACCUCUGAGAAAGGGAAGCGUCCUGUGCCAAAGCCUUCAGGCCUCUCCCCUGCACCUGAGGCCCAGAGCCCAGGCCCUGCUGCGAAAUCCGCUCCAGCCGCUGUGUCCUCUUGGUCAGGGGAUCCUCUGUCCAGGCCUGAGCCAAGGGUCUGGGCUGGCAGAUCAAGAGUCCAACCUGUGAGGCGGGUUCUUCAUCCAGCUCAAGGAGUGGUUGGGAAUGAGGGUCCAGGCCUGUCCGCCUCAGCAGCCGUGACCCGAGCUGCUGACUGGAGUUGGGGGACAGGAUUAGGUGGGGUCUGCCCCUGGCCUCCUGGAAAGUCCUAAGUCCAGUUCUGGGGACACUUGGGGUCCAGAACCCCACAU